GAAUGCAAAUAUCAAAAGCUUUAAAAAAAUAAACAUCUCAUGAAAACUGUGUAUACAACAAUAAAUUUAGUUUUCACAUUUAUUAAAAAAUGGGAGUAGGUAAAAGUCAGUUUUCUGAAGAUGAACUGCAAGAUUAUCAGGAUUUGACAUAUUUUACGAAAAAAGAAGUUUUGCAUGCACAUCAAAAGUUUAAAGCACUUGCUCCAGAGAAAGUUGGUCAUAAUAGAAAUGCAAAACUUCCAAUGUCUAAAAUCUUACAAUAUCCUGAAUUAAGAGUAAAUCCCUUUGGAGAUAGAAUUUGUAAAGUUUUUAGUUCAAGCCAAGAUGGAGAUUGUACCUUUGAAGACUUUUUAGACAUGAUGUCUGUUUUUAGUGACGCAGCUCCAAAAGCUGUUAAAGCAGAACAUGCAUUUAGAAUAUUUGAUUUUGAUGGAGAUGAUAUGCUUGGUAUUGGAGAUUUGAGACAAGUAGUAGAUAGACUUACUGCUCCACAAAGAUUAAAUGAAACAGAUAUGCAACAAGUUCUUCAAUAUAUACUUGAUGAAGCAGAUUUAGAUGAUGAUGGUGCACUUAGCUUUGCAGAAUUUGAACAUAUAAUAGAAAAAAGUAGUGAUUUUUCAAAGAGCUUCUGCAUACGUUUAUGAAAUAUAGAAUAUUAGUAAAAAGUAGUAAAAAAACAAUAUAAGACUGAAUAUUAUAUUACUAUUGAAGUAUUUCAAUAUACUCAAUAAGCCUAAUAAUAUUUAGUGUGAAAAAAAACACAAUCUUAUGAUCUUAUAUUUUAAAGUGUGCCAAUAUUUUCUGAAGGCCUAUUAUAUUAAAAAUAACUUUCUUGUUUUCUAAAAGAAUAGUUAUAGAAUUUUUUUACACUAAACUGCCAUAUGCAAUUAAUAUAUAAUAUAAUAAUUUAUUAAAAUGUUCAUUGAUUUUAAAUUAAAAUAAAUUAAAUAAAUUAAAUAAUUAAAUUUCUUUAAUAUUUUGAUGAAAAUAUUAUAUAGAUUAAAAUAUUUACAUACAUAUAAAAUUAUUAUAUCAAAUUGUAUAAAUAUUUAUAAUAUUAUAAUUUAAUUAAUUUAUAUAAUUGUACAAUAUAGAAUUUUUUUUUUAUUACAAUAUAAAAUAUUAGGAUAAAUAUCCUAUUAUUUAAUUGAUAUUUAUUUAUCAUACAAAUAUUAUACAAAUUAUUAUACACAUAUCAAUUUUUAAAAAAUAUAUGAAUUUAUAUAGAAAGGAAAA